AUGUACAAUCUAAGCUUGUCCUCUGCGCAACGCAUCAUGUCUUCUGCAGCUUGCAAGCACCUUCGUCCGCGGAGGUUUGCGCCGCUCAAUUCUGCCAAGACGUCCGAUGCCCCUCCAUUGAAGGGGAUUGUGUUUGACGUGGAUGGAACUUUGUGCCUGCCCCAGCACCACAUGUUCACUGAGAUGAGAGAAGCACUCGGCAUUGACCGCUCCAUCGACAUCCUCGAGCACAUCCGCGGCCUCCCAGAAGGUGACCGCGCCGCAGCCGUCUCCAAAGUGCAAGCAGUGGAGCGACGAGCGAUGAUAGACCAGCAGCCGCAGCCAGGUCUCCUCCGACUAAUGGAUUACCUUGAGUCCCGAGGUCUGCGCCGGGCUCUCUGCACACGGAACUUCGAAGCACCGGUGCAAAAUUUGAUCAAGAACCACCUCAAUGGCCAUGUCUUCCUGCCCAUUAUCACGCGAGACACUGCCAAUGUCCUGCCGAAGCCUGAUCCCGCGGGUAUCCUGCACAUCGCGAGCGAGUGGGGGCUUCCGAAUGCGGAGAAUUUGAUCAUGGUGGGUGAUAGUAUUGAUGAUAUGACUGCUGGGCAUAUGGCCGGUGCUGCGACGGUACUGCUUUUGAAUGAGAAGAACGUGCACUUGAAGGAACAUUUGCACACGGAUCUUUGCAUUUCGCAGCUGGAUGACUUGGUUGGUAUUCUCGAGGAGGGGUUUUUGGGUACGAGGGAGAAUGAACCCAGUGCGGAAUGA